CAUCACAAUGAAAUCUGUACUUAUCAUAGGAGCUAAUAGAGGUCUGGGCCUUGGUAUAGUGAAAUUCCUCACAAAAUUGCGCAAAGCUGAGAUUGUAUUCGCAACCUGCCGGAAUGUUUCUGAGGAGUUGGCGAACGUAUCCAAAGAACACAAAAACCUUCACAUACUUAAUUUGGACGUAACGGACGCGACAAAAUAUGAGGAGGUGGUGUCACAGAUAUCAGCCGCGACGGGGGAUGGGGGGCUGAACCUGCUGAUCAACAACGCCGGCGUCAGCACCAAGUUCACCAAGAUCAACCUGGUGAAGGCCGAGCAGCUGCUGGAGAACUUCACCGUCAACACUAUAGCGCCGAUUAUGUUGACAAAGGCACUUCUGCCGCUUUUGAUCCGCGCGUCGGAGGCCAACAGCGACAAGCCGGUGGGAGUAGAGCGCGCCGCCGUCGUCAACACCAGCUCCAUCCUCGGCUCCAUCGCCAACAACGACCAGGGGGGAUUCUACCCCUACAGGUGCUCCAAGGCAGCGCUGAACGCAGCAACGAAGAGUAUGAGCGUGGAGUUUAAAGACAAGAAGAUCCUGGCGACAGCCAUCCAUCCCGGUUGGGUGCGCACCGACAUGGGCGGGAAGAACGCGCCUCUAGACGUCGAGACCAGCAUACGAGAACUCUUCAAUACCUUAGAGAAGUUGGGGGAGAAAGAUAGCGGAAAAUUUCUGCAAUAUGACGGAAAGGAACUGCCCUGGUGAAUCGACGAAGGAAAGAUAAACCGCUGAUCUUUAUCAUGGUUCCAAGUACCUACUUAGUUUUUUUAAUUUGAAUUGUUAUUGUAAAUACAUUGUUACCGAAUUUA